GGGGCGAGCGCGUCGGCGGCGGCCGCGGCGAUGUGGGGCGGUGGAGGGGCGGCCCGUGCCCUCACCCGCACCGCGGGGCUCCGGCGAGCAGCGGCCGACAACCAUGCUGAUCUGUCCUUUCAGGCAGGCCUGAGAGGUACCCUUCAGGACUGCAACUGGAAAACACAGCUGAAAGCCAGCAGUACUCUGCCUGUCCCUCUCUCUCAAAUGAAAAGCAGCAUGUGUAACUGGAGCCUCUACAGGAGUUUUUCGUUAUUCAGGCUCACUGUGAAGAGACCUUUGAGCACUUCACGGUCAUCAGUGGAUCCCAAAGAAAUGAAAAAAUUCCAGUUCCUUGCGCAGAAGUGGUGGGAUGAAGAAGGAGAAUAUUCAGCCCUUCAUUCUAUGAAUGAUAUUAGAGUGCCUUUUAUUAGAGAUACUCUGUUGAACAUGAGCAGUAAUUACCACCUAGGAAGUCCGCUUUCUGGAGUAAAGAUUCUGGACGUUGGCUGUGGAGGUGGACUGCUCAGUGAGCCUUUAGGUAGACUGGGAGCUUCAGUUACUGGAAUUGAUCCUCUGGAGGACAACAUUAGAACAGCAGAUCAGCACAAGUCAUUUGAUCCGGUCCUGGCCCAGAGAAUACAGUACAAGUCCAGUUCACUGGAGGAGAUUGUGGAAGAGUCUAUGGAAACCUUUGAUGUAAUUGUAGCUUCUGAAGUAGUGGAGCAUGUGGCUGACCUUGAAAUGUUUAUCAAGUGUUGUGCUCAGGUGUUAAAGCCUGAAGGUUCUUUAUUCAUUACUACAAUCAAUAGAACACAGUUGUCCUAUGUCCUGGGAAUUGUGGUUGCAGAAAAAAUUCUGGGCAUUGUACCAGAAGGAACACAUGAAUGGGAGAAGUUUGUUCCCCCUGAAGACCUGAAGCGCCUCCUGGAAUCAAAUGGCUUUUCAGUCCAGACAGUGAAUGGGAUGUUGUAUAAUCCCCUCUGGGGGUCGUGGAGCUGGACAGAAAGCACAAGUAUUAACUAUGCAAUGCAUGCUGUGAAGUCUGGGGCUCAGGGACAGUCAAGCCCAACAGAUGCCCCAUCAGAGACGGAAAGCAAACAGCACUCAGCCACAGCUGGCACCGCCGUAUGAUGGUCUGAGAUGUGUGGUGAUGGGCUGUCACCAGGCACAGAAAAGAAGGUUUUACCCAGAUGAACAUAAUAAAACUUUUGUAACAACAAGCUUGCUGUUUGUAUUAAUAAUGCUAUUUUUGGCCAGAUAUUUUUGGGCAGUCUCAGAAAAAAGCAAGUGCCUGUUAUCUCAGGAAUCUUUUAAGAUCAAAAUGAGCAAAGCUUUUAAAGAGUAUUUUUAUAAGAAAGCAGUUUCAAAUUGUUGGACAGGAAAAUGCAAGUUACUCUGUCUGUAACUUGGAGGAAGCUCUUAUUUGUGAUGGCAUUUUCAGAUGGCAUGUAGAAUGAGCUAAAAACCACAAUGAUGUACAAUAAAUAAAAUGCCUUAGGUAUUUAAGUUACCUAACUCAGUUAAAUACAGGAAACAAGUAUUUAUAAACCAUAACCACUUAUUUCCAUGUUAUGUCCUCUUCCUGAGAGGAUAAAAAAAAAGAGCAGCAAACCUUUUCUGUCAGUUCCUGCUAU